AUGUCUCGAUACGCAGAAGCUCACAAGAACCCUAACGGCCCAGGAGAUGCUCGGCCAACCGCAUUGCAGAUUGUCCAAGAUGAAGGUAGAGAGGGCACUAUGAAAGAUAAGGUGUUUUUCGUCACCGGGUGUACGUCCGGGAUUGGCGUCGAGACGGCGCGUGCCUUGGCAGCGACUGGUGGACGCGUUUUUAUGCUCGUCAACGACUUGGACAAUGGCAAAGAGGCAUGUGCUGCCUUCCUUGAGCCGGGGCGUGUCGAGCUCAUCGAAGGCGAUCUCGCAUCGCUUUCGUCUGUUCGAUCUGCUGCCGCCGAGUUUAGGGAGAAAUCUGGUGGCGUAUUGAACGUACUUGUGUGCAACGCAGGUGUGAUGUACAUACCCAAGCGCGAAGAAUCUCCCGACGGGUUCGAGACGCAUCUCGCGACCAACUAUCUGGGACAUUUUCUGCUGUUUUGGUUGCUGCGAGACUUGAUGCUCAAGUCGUCUAGGCCAGAGUUCAACUCUCGCCUCGUUCAUGUCGCUAGCGCUUCACACCAAGUUAUCGAGAUUGACUUUGAUGAUAUCAAUUUCACCAAGGAUGGUGCUUACAAGCCGAAGGAUGCCUACGGUCAGAGCAAGCUGGCGCAGAUCUAUAUGGCCAAUCAGGUCGACAGAUUGUACGGCUCACAAGGCAUCCAUGCAUACAGCUUAAUGCCUGGCGGCAUCCAGACGCGCAUCACUCGCUUCGUUCCCGCUGCAAUCACUGAGAAGAUGAUGGCAGAGAGCGAGUUCCUCCAGAAGUGGUUCAAGAGUCCAGAGCAAGGGGCUGGAACUACGGUGAUAGCAGCCUUGGGCAAGGAGUGGGAGGGCAGAGGAGGUGUCUACCUCGAGGACUGCGAGGUCGCAAAAUCACAGCCUCUUAUUCCUUCUGUGAAGGGUGUCACAGAUUACGCCUUUGAUCAGGAGAAGGAAGAGAAGCUGUGGAAAUACACAGUAGAGGCUUUGGAAUUAGAAGAUUGA